GCGGGGUUUCUAGGAGAUGCAGCGUGCUUUUUUUCCCUCUCUUGAUUUGUAGCGUUCAUUUUUUCAAGUGUCACGCUGUUUUGAGCUCGUUUAAUAAUAAUCAUGGCUGGCCAGGAGAUGCGUCUGAACCACACUAUUUACAUCAACAAUUUGAACGAGAAGAUCAAAAAAGAUGAACUGAAGAAGUCGCUUUAUGCUAUAUUCUCCCAGUUUGGACAAAUCCUGGACAUCCUUGUUUCCACUGCACUGAAAAUGAAGGGUCAGGCCUUUGUGAUCUUCAAGGAGAUCAACAGUGCUUCCAACGCUCUGCGCUCUAUGCAGGGCUUCCCGUUUUAUGAUAAACCUAUGCGUAUUCAGUAUGCAAAGCAGGAUUCUGACAUUAUUGCAAAGAUGAAGGGUACAUUUGUGGAGCGUGACCGUAAGAAAGAGAAGAAAAAGCCUAAGGGUCCUGAUGCUGCUGGGAAAAAGAAUGCUUCUGCCACACCUGCUAUGGCUGGAGUACCUGCAGCUGUGCCUGGAAUGCCUCCCAUGAGUCAAGCCCCUCGCAUGAUGCCAAUGCCUGGCCAGCCUCCCUACAUGCCACCACCUGGUAUGAUGCCACCACCUGGCAUGGGACCUGGACAGAUGCCUCCUGGUGCCAUGCCACCAGGUCAGAUGAUGCCAGGACAAAUGCCAGGCCAGAUGCCUCAGCAGGUUUCGGAAAACCCUCCCAACCACAUCCUGUUUCUUACCAAUCUUCCAGAGGAGACCAACGAACUUAUGCUAUCUAUGCUUUUCAACCAGUUCCCUGGAUUCAAAGAAGUUCGUCUCGUACCUGGUCGUCACGAUAUCGCCUUUGUGGAGUUUGACAAUGAGGUGCAGGCGGGUGCAGCCAGAGAAGCUUUGCAAGGCUUUAAGAUCACACAGAACAAUGCUAUGAAAAUCUCCUUUGCAAAGAAAUAACCUCUUUGUACACACAAACACUUACAUGUAGCUCCUAUGACUAAUGGCAGUUACACAAGCCUGCAUUUUUUUUAACCAGGUUUCAGGGUUUUUAGAAAGGGAAAUUUGUAAAUUUGCCUUUUUAUUUGGAAGUGACCUGGCUAGUCUUGCCAUAGUCAUUUUAGUUAUACUCAGCAAUACAAGGUAAGGACCGAGUGAAAUGUAAAGUUUUCGUCUUAUCUUUUUGUUGUCAUUUCCUCUUCUCUGCGAGGAUCGGCUUUGGUGAAUUUGUAAGUAUGUUGGAUUUUUUUUUUACUCUGAUUAUUGAAAAGCAUUGCACCCAGAGUCUGGUCCCCAGACAUUGUACCUGGAGCUUUAUUGUUUUAAUUAAAUUACUUUUACAUAUUGUA